AUGAACAUCAACUACCUCGUAUCCAGCAUUUCCCGCCAACCAGCUAAACCUCGUGAGCCUCACAACCUAUUCAAAGACACAAGCAAAAUGGAGUCGCCCACGUCCGAUGCCUCCCUCAAGGAGCAGCUCAAAAGCACAUUCGUGGGCAAGACACUCGACCAAGUCCCCACCCCAUCAGUGAUCCUCGAUCUGGCCAAACUCGAGACGAACUGCAAUGGAAUGCUGGAAGCCACGGAGAAACUUGGUCUGCUCUGGCGGGCUCACAUAAAGACGCACAAAACAACAGAGCUCACCCGCCUCCAAGUCGGCAAUGACAAGUCCACUCCUGUGAACAUUGUCGUCUCAACCAUCAUCGAAGCAGAGAAUAUCCUCCCAUUGCUUAAAGAAUACCAGUCCAAGGGGAGAAAAGUCAACGUGCUCUUCUCCUUUCCCCUCUUCCCUUCCGCGGCCUCUCGACUAGCCGAUCUAUCUGCGCAGUUAGGACCGGAUUCCAUCUCUCUUAUGAUUGACCACCCUGACCAACUCGUUUCUGCCGCAACUAUUGCUCACACAACGGGUGCUUACCCCCCUCUGGUGUUCAUCAAGAUUGACGGUGGCUACCACCGAGCAGGCGUACAGCCCUCUCCCAGUUUCGCCACGGGGGAGUCAACCCAGGGGGACAGCAGCCACCCUUCCGAAGUCCUCAUCGACGCCGUUCUCGAAGCGGAGAAACAAAACAAGUGUGUCUUGCACGGGGUGUACAUCCACGCAGGCCACAGCUACGGCACCAGGACUGACUGGGCUGCAUUGGGCUAUCUAGCCCAGGAAUUCCAAAUCUGUCUCGACUUUGCCGAAGCGAUCAGAAAACGAAGCCCAGGGCAUAAGCUAGUCCUUUCCGUUGGUGCGACACCUACCGCAACCACCAUCCAGCACCCUAGCAUCAUCUCAUCUGGUGACAACAACAACAACAACAACGGUGAUAGUUCAGUUCAGAAACUAAAAGAAUUCAUCAUCGCCCAGUCAAAAAGAGAAAACCCAUUCAGCCUUGAAGUCCACGCCGGGGUUUAUUCAACCCUCGACCUCCAACAACUCGCCACCCACGCCCGGGACUCCUCCCUCCUCAAGGCUGACGACAUCGCCAUCAGUGUCCUAGCAGAAAUAGCCUCCCUCUACCCCUCCCGCGGCAAAAACUCCACCACCGAAGCCCUCAUCAACGCCGGCUGCCUCGCCCUCGGCAGAGAACCCGUCACCGACAAGGGCAGCAUCCCCGGAGUGGAUUACUCCGGCUGGGGCUUUCUUAUGCCCUGGGGCGGUAACCUCACCUCUAACCCCACCCCAGGUCCUGACUUUCCCCGUGUUCACCCCGGUUGGCAAGUGGGCAAAGUCUCCCAGGAACAUGGCAUCUUGGUGUGGGAUGGUAAACCCGAAGACGAGAUCCCGCUGCAGUAUGGACAGAGGGUGAGAAUCUGGCCUAAUCACAGCUGCAUCGCGGGCGCGUGCUUUGAUUGGUAUUUGAUUGUAGACAGUAGGAGCAAGGGGAGGGAGGACGAGGUGGUGGAUGUUUGGCCUAGGUGGAGGGGAUGGUAGGUAGAGAUUGUGAUCACGAAACCAAGUGUCGAUGAGAGGGAGCAUACAAUACUUUGCCGUACUUUUUUCUAAGAACUAAAAACCCAGAACAAGGCUCGUUGAGCACCUGAAAUGAAACAACAGUCAAAACCAGCGCUGGACCUUUUUAGAGACCACGGUCUUUUCCCCUACGCUGACUCCUCGUUCGAUCAAAG